CCGGACCAGCACGCAGCACGGACCUGUCAUGUAGCCAGACCAUCGCGUAGCCCACACCGGCACGGACAAGUGAGGCAGACAGACCGGCACGUAGCAGCCCAGCCCUGACCGGACAGGAAGCGGGAGCACAACCCCCCACACCCUUGUCCGCGCCGCCUUGCGCAUCCCCGCCAGGCAUGGGCAACACAGCCGCCCCUUCGAACAUGGAAGAAGGGCACCCGCGUGUAGGGGAGAACGGCACCCCGUCUGCCAGAACCCCGGCCCUGCUUUCGCCCUGCUGGCAGGAGCCCACCGCCCCCGCUGCCGCUGGUGGCGAGCCUGGACAAGGCUGCCGCCGCCGCCCCCGCCCCCGCCCCCGCCUCCGCCUUCGCCGGGACUGCUGAACGGGCAAUGCAGGGCGGACCUGCGAGCCGCGCGCUCCGAGCGUGGCUAGGCCCGCCGCCGCUUCCAACCUGCCCGCGGCCCCGCGAAGCCCGCCCACGCUCGGGACCGGCCCCGGGAACCCCGCCGCCGCUCGGGCACACUUCCGGUUCUGUGUGCCCCUGGGAAAGCCGCGCGUCUCGCGCGUGUAGGGCCGCCGCCGCCGCUCGUUCCCGCCAUGGGUGACCAGGCUUCCACCGCCGCGGCUUCGGGCAAGGCUCCGGGAACACGCGUGGAGAGGGGAGAACUGCUCCCCAUACUCUCCCUGGACCCCGGCUCCGCUUGCGCCCCGCCCGCAGCGGACCGCCGAUGCUCGAGCGACCCGCGGCCGCUGAAGCCCAGGCCCGGCCCAGGGAACCUCGCCGCCGCCUCGGCUCUGCCGCUGCCGGGACACCACGAGACCAGGAGGAAGAGUUUGUGCAUUCUGAUGGCAAGUUUCAGCUCCUGCAGAACAAUGUGCCAUGGCAGCCUCAUCCUGAGGAGUUCGUGGCCAUUGCAGACUAUGCGGCCACCGACGAGACCCAGCUCAGUUUUUUGAGAGGGGUUCUUAUCCUGAGACAAACCACAGCUGACUGGUGGUGGGGCGAGCGAGCAGGCUGCUGUGGGUACAUUCCUGCAAAUCAUGUUGGGAAGCAGGUGGAGGAGUAUGACCCUGAGGACACCUGGCAGGAUGAAGAAUAUUUUGGCAGCUAUGGGACUCUGAAACUUCACUUGGAAAUGUUGGCAGACCAGCCUCGGAACACAAAAUACCACAGUGUCAUCCUGCAGAACAAGGAAUCCCUGAAGGACAAGGUCAUCCUGGACGUGGGCUGUGGCACUGGGAUCAUCAGCCUCUUCUGUGCACAUCAUGCCAGGCCUAAGGCGGUGUAUGCUGUGGAGGCCAGUGAGAUGGCACAGCACACAGGCCAGCUGGUCCUGCAUAAUGGCUUUGCUGACACCAUCACCGUGUUUCAGCAGAAGGUGGAGGAUGUGGUGCUGCAUGAGAAGGUGGAUGUGCUGGUGUCUGAGUGGAUGGGGACCUGCCUACUGUUUGAGUUCAUGAUUGAGUCCAUCCUGUGUGCCCGUGACACAUGGCUGAAGGAGGAUGGAGUCAUCUGGCCAACCACAGCUGCAUUAUACCUGGUGCCUUGCAGUGCCGACAAGGACUACCACAGCAAGGUGCUCUUCUGGGACAAUGCCUAUGAGUUCAACCUCAGUGCACUUAAGUAAGUGUGUGUGACCUGCACACAGUGCGGGGCCACCAUGGUGUUUCUGGCAAGAAGGAAGGGGCUGGGAGAGCAGUGUUCAAGUUUGAUAUGGGGCUUCUGUGUGGAUGGAAGGAGUUGUGAGGGCAAGCCUGAAUUUUACUACUUUGUAUGAGUGUAUCUGUUCCUCCGAGGCAGUCAGUUAAUCCUCUGAGGAGCAGUCAUUCUUGUUGCAGAAGAGUUGUCUCAUAUAGCUAGAGACUGCAAAUGACCUCAGGAACUUUGCUAUGACUUUUCACACCUUUUCUUCCUCGUCAUUCCUUGAGUACUCAUCCAGCUUCUGAGUUGGUUAUUGCAGAACAAGCCUAAUGUGGUAAGUGUGUUCUGUUGAGGGAAGACCUAGCAAAAAAGAGCAGGAGAAGAGAGUCCUGUGGGAAUAAGGCUCUUGUUCUGUAGAGUGGACCCUGAAGCCUGGGAGAAGCCCCUGAGAACUAGACUGUGCUGCCGAUUGGGCCCUUUGCUAAAUUCUAGUGCUAAAGAACCUUGCAGAUUUAAAGGUGAGUUGAUACAGAUGUGUUUUAAUCUAUCUUUCCAAAUAUAAUGAGAAGGAAAAGGUCAUGUUCAAAAGUGUAGUCUUUAAGAGUGUGGAUGUCAAAAUGUGGCAGCAUGGCUAGGUUUGACUGUAGAAUCUUAGGUCUGCUAGGCAGUUACUCUACCAAUGAAGCCACAUGUUUACCUUGCUUUACUGUAGCUAUAUUUUUCAUUGAGCCUUGCUUUUUUUUUGUUGGCUAUGG